GAACGUCAACAGACAAUGAAUUACGAGAUGGGACCUGGCGUGUCGACGCUCGCGUUGCUGGUGCUGCUGGUGGUGGCGGCUGGUGAGGCUCUCCACAGGCCAGGCCACGCCUCGAGGCACGGAGGUCGGGUCAGAGCGGCCCACAGGGCCGGCAAGGCGCCCCCAGGGACGAGGAGCAAGGGCGCCUCCGAGGAGCCGCUGCUGGUCACCAUCAAGGCCGCCAAAGAGCUCGAAUUCGACUUCGGAGACGAUGGGACGUUGGAAAAGGAAAUGAAGGCCACCGGACGCUACGACCCAAAACAGGUUUUGGGAUACGACCUAACAUUGGACAAUCACGAGCGUAACCGCAUCUUUGUCACGACGCCUAACGUCCGUCGCGGCAUCCCGGUGACGCUGAGCACCAUACCCUACGACGGAGAGCAGAGUCCGCGCCUGAAGCCCUACCCCAACCUGGAAAUGCACCACACCACGGAGGACUCCGUCACGAACUGCUACACCCAGCUGGUGAACGUCGUCAGAACGACGAAAAUAUGGUCGGAUGAUUCUGUGCUAUUCGUCCUCGACAACGGUGUUUUGGACGUCACAACGACACCCAAACAAGUGUGUGAACCCAAAAUAGUCGUCUUCGACCUGUUGUCUGAUGAGCCCAUGAUCUCCUUAUUUAUCAAGAACGCAGCAUGCAACUCGUAUUACAACUAUUUGUGGGUGGACGACUGCCCAGAGGAUACCUUGACGGCGUACAGCUCUGACGCCAGAAGCAACGUACUGUCGGUGACGGAAUUCAAAACUGGGACCACCAAACACCUGCAGAGCCAGUACUUCCACCCCAAGCCUGGCUUCUUCUUCACUAAGGCGGGAGGUCCAGCCUACUACCUGCCCGACGGCCUCAAUGGAUUGGCGGCCGAGGAGAGAUGCAACGGGAGACUCUACUUCCAGGCAUUCGCCAGCAACAUCCAGGGUUUUGCUAAUAAGCAGGUCAUCCUGGAUGCAAAAGAUGGGGAUGUUUUGGAUAUCAAGAUGCAGGGUGAUCUGCCAGGAGAAUUGCCUGGGCAGAGUGGAGUAAUGGCAGUGGAUCCAAAGGGGCAGUUGCUAUUCUUUCCCGUGUUAGAUGAACUGGCCAUCUACUGCUGGAAUACGAGCAAGCCUCACAACCCAAAGAACUUCCGCAUGAUAUUUCAAGACGAUGAACGUCUACAGUUUGUCAGCAGCAUCAACAUAGAUCCCAUUACAGGAGGACUAUAUAUAAUGAGCGAUCGAUUGACAUCCUAUCUAUCAAAUACCACUAACUUUUCUGAAGACAACUAUCAAAUACUGUAUAGUGACAUAAAUAAUACAGAAUGUUCCCUGCGUUAUACUUCCCGGUGGACCGAGGUCAGGUACGAGAUGGGACCUCGCGUGUCGACGCUCGCGUUGCUGGUGCUGCUGCUGGUGGCGGCUGGUGAGGCUCUCCACAGGCCAGGCCACGCCUCGAGGCACGGAGGUCGAGUCAGAGCGGCCCACAGGGCCGGCAAGGCGCCCCCAGGGACCAGGAGCAAGGGCGCCUCCGAGGAGCCGCUGCUGGUCACCAUCAAGACCACCAAAGAGCUCAAAUACGACUUCGGAGGCAAUGGGACGUUGGAAAAGGAAAUGAAGGACACUGGACGCUACUACCCUAAAUUGGUCGUUUCAUUUGACUUAACAUUGGACAAUCACCAGCGUAACCGCAUGUUUGUCACGACGCCUCUUGCCUGGGGUGACAUCCCGGUAACUCUGAGCACCAUCUCCUACAACGGAGAGCGGAGUCCGCUCCUGAAGCCGUACCCCAACCUGGAAAUCCACCACACUACCGAGGACUCCAUCACCGACUGCAACUCCCAGUUGGUGGACGUCAUCAGAACGACGAAAACAUGGGCGGAUGAUGAUACUCUAUACGUCCUCGACAACGGUGCUUUGGACCUGUGUACGACUUCCAAAAAUGUGUGUCCGCCAAAAAUUGUCAUCUUCGACCUGCGAACAGAUGAGAUCAUCAAGUCCAUAGUAAUUCAGAACCCAUUCUGCGAUUCAUGGUACAACAAUCUGUGGGUGGAUGCGUGUCCAGAUGGUAGCUUGACGGCCUACACCACCGACCCCAGAGGCAACGUGCUGUCGGUGACGGACCUCACCACUGGAGCCUCCAAAAUCCUGCAGAGCCAGUACUUCCACCCCAAGCCCGGCUACUUCUUCACGAAGGCGGGAGGUCCAGCCUACUACCUACCUGCUGGCCUCACUGGAGUGACCGCCGACGAGAGCUGCGACGGCAAACUCUACUUCCAGGCGUUCGCCAGCAACAUCCAGGGCGUUGUCGACAAGCAGGUCAUCCGAGAUGCAAGCGACGGGGACGUUUUGGACGUCAAGACGCAGGUUGAUCUGCCAGGGGAAUUAUCUGGACAGAGUGGAGUAAUGGUGGUGGACCCGAAGGGACAGCUGCUAUUCUUCCCCGUGCUGGAUGAAAUGGCAAUCUACUGUUGGAACACGAGCAAGCCUCACGACCCAAAGAACUUUCGCAUGAUAGCUCAAGACGAUGAACGUCUACAGUUUGUCAGCAGCAUCGACAUAGAUCCCAAAACACAAGGAUUAUAUAUAAAGAGCAAUCGAAUGACAUCAUUUCUGACGAAUACGACCAACUACUCUGAAAACAACUUUCAUAUUUUGUACAUUGACAUAAAGAAUAUAGAAUGUUAGUUUUGUGUACCAACAGAUUUGAUUUUGUGAAUGUGUGGAGGAAGUUACUGAAUCAGCAAGGUUCAAUUAAUGUAAUUACCACUGUAUGAAAUAUUGCUAAGAAAUAAAUACAGAAUCUGCAAAAAAUUAAGACGAACUUAAUGUACUCACUUUUAAGACGCAGAAUAAUGCAAAUUAAAAUUUAUUACAUUGUGA